UUUAAGUAACAAAUAAAUAAUCAAAUAUAAUUAUGAUAUUGAAAUAACAUUGAUGUUUUCGUACUAUAGUAUUUCGCUAGUCAUAAGACAUAAUAAGUUAUGUAAUGUAACAUAUAUAACAUGUUGUAUAUCAAAAAUAUAUUAUAGGAUUCGUAAAAGAAAACGUAAAUUAACUUGAAACUUAAUAACAAAUGAAUGAAAAAAAACUCUUCCAGCUUUCUCCGCUCACAAUAUUUUUCAUGAGAGCACGUUGAUUCUUGCAAUAUGUCAAAUGCCAACGUAAGUCAUUCAAUUAAUGCCAACUCUUUAACCCCCUACUACCCACUGCCCUAAUACGUACACAUACAAAAAAUAAAAAUAAAACUAUACCUUAUAUAAGGACUUAAUUUGUAAGUAUGAAAUUAAAAUUCAAAAGAAACAAAAAGACAAGAAAAUGGUACUCCCAAUUAUACAUACCCUACAACUAUCAUUUUUAUCACUUUUAUUCUUCACAUUUAUUCUUAUUACUACAAUAUCUUACACCCCUUUAACAAAAUUACUUUAUUUUCUCCUUACUACACAUCUUCAUUUUUUUCUAUUAUUUUCUCUAUGUACACUUAUUUCAAUUUACUAUAACUAUCAUACACGUCCACAUAGGGUCUUUUUGUUAAAUUAUACAUGUUACAAACCACCACCACAUAGGAAAUGUUCUUAUAAAAUUUCUGACUCAUACGUUCUAAGAAAUGUACAUUUAGUCAAAAAAUCCAUCGAUUUCAUGCGUAACAUUUAUCUUAAAUCCGGUUUAGGUGAUGAAACUUAUGGACCACCAUUUAUAUUUGAAGACGACGAUGAUGGUGAUAAUAAUAAUAAUAAUAAUAAUAAUAAUACAAAAAAUGUACCUACACUAAAAAGUGCAAAUCAAGAAGCUAGAGAAGGGGUAUUUUCGUCUAUCGAUGAACUUUUAGGUAAAACCCUAAUCGAUCCUCGAUCAAUAGACGUUGUCAUCGUUACAUGUGGAGGGUUUUCGCCUUCUCCUUCACUCUCUUCCCUCGUUGUGAACCGUUAUAACCUUAGAUCAGACGUGAAGACGUAUAAUUUAAGUGGAAUGGGGUGUAGCUCCGGGGUACUUUCGAUUGAUUUUGCAGCUAGGGUUUUACGUGGGAGUCGAAAAGUCCAAAAUGCCCUUAUCGUUAUUACGGAGAGCAUAACUUUAAAUUGGUACCAUGGUGAAAAUCGUUCAAUGCUUGUUACAAAUUGUAUUUUUCGUGUUGGAUGUGCUGCUGCUAUAAUAAGUAAUAAUCCUAAACUUUUCAAAAGGGCAAAAAUGGAACUUAUUCAUUCUCUUAGAACUCAUCAUGGUGCCGAUGAUAGUUCUUAUAGAGCUGCAAUUCAAGAGGAAGACGAAAAAGGUAUUACUGGCAUUUCACUUACCAAAGAUUUACUACAUCAACACAUUAAAAUCUUGGCUCCUCGCGUCCUUCCAUUAACACAAAUCACAAAUUAUAUUUACUCAAUCAUAAUGUCUACAAUAUUGCCUCAAUCAAAAUUCAAGCCAGUGGUUCCUGAUUUUACAACAGCUUUCCAACACAUGUGCAUACACACAGGUGGGAAGGCAGUAAUAGAGCAAGUUAGUCGAGUUCUAAAAUUGAGUGAUGAAGUAACAGAGGCAGCAAAAAUGACUUUGAAUAGAUUUGGUAACACAUCAAGUAGCUUAGUAUUUUAUGAGUUAGCUUAUUUUGAAGCACAAAAAGGUAAAGUGAAAAAAGGGGACAAAAUGUGGAUGAUUGCAUUUGGGACAGGUUUUAAAGUUGGAAGUUUGGUGUGGAAAUGGAUUCAAGAUUCAAAUCAAGAUUAUGAUAAUCCUUGGAAUGAUUGUAUACAUAAUUAUCCAUUGAAAGUUUGGUGAAUUAAUUUCAAUAAAUUUAUGACAAUAAAAAAAAAAUUAUAUAUGGUGUAGAAAGAGAGAACAUCACCAUAUAUGUAUUAGUUAGUAGUUUAUAUAGAAAAAAAAAUGUAAUUGGAUAAGUCUUUAUCCUUUGUGAUGUAUUCGAAGGUAAGGUCAAGCCCCCCUAUCUGUAUCCGUUUUAUUAUAUAUAAUUUCGAAAAAAAUUA